AUGGCCGACGCAACAAACAUACAAAAUCUGCUGGCAGCACUGGCUGCCCAACGACCUGCCACCACAACCCCAUCGCAAACACCGACAUUGACGAACCCAGCCUAUGCUCCUCCCCCGACCACAUCGCAGUCCGCACCUGGGUACCAACCCCCUCCGCCCGGAGCGCCUGGAUAUGCCCCAGGCGCCCCGGGGCUGCCUGCUCCUGCUGCUAGUGGUAGCCUCGACCUCAGCGCCAUCCGGCCUGUCAACUCUGGCACUGUGAAUUUCAACGAUAACCUGGCCAAAGUCCGCGCAUCUGCUGCCGAGAGGGGCAUAGCCUCGUACGACAGGCCCCUCGUCUAUGGCAAUGACAAUCGUGCCCAGGACAGGCCAUAUGGGCGCUCGAGAUCGCGCUCGCCUCCACGCGGCGACUACGCGAACCGAUCAAACCCUUACCAGGACGAACGUCGCGGCGGCCACGGUCGAGACUACGGACGCGAUCGAUCGCACUCUCCCGGUCGCAAUAGGGCGUUUUCGCCACGCAACAACGGCCGCGAGCGAUCGCCCCUUCGUGGCGGCGACGAUAACAGCGAAGUCAUCCAGAUCGAGUCAAGCCUCGUCGGCCUCAUCAUCGGUCGCCAGGGUGAGAACCUCCGCCGUAUCGAAUCCGAAUCCAGCUGCCGAGUGCAGUUUUUGCCGGCCAGCGAUGGCGGGCCGUUCAGGCAGUGCAAAAUCAGCGGACCUCGCCACCGACGGGCCGAGGUGAAGCAGGCUAUUGACCGCAUUAUCGAUGACAGUGGUAUGGGUCCCUUGAACAGGGCAGCCGACAAGCCUCGAGAUGCCAACAAAGGCGGUGCGACUGCUCUGCGGGAUGGAGAGGACCACAUGCAGAUUAUGGUUCCGGACCGGACAGUUGGUCUCAUCAUCGGGCGCGGUGGAGAAACGAUUCGCGACCUCCAGGAACGCUCGGGAUGUCACAUCAACAUCGUCGGAGAAUCCAAGAGUGUCAAUGGACUUCGCCCUGUCAACUUGAUCGGCACACCGGAAGCGGCAGCGAAGGCCAAGGAUGCCAUCAUGGAGAUUGUGGACAGUGACAGCCGCGGCGAGACGCCCGGCGGUGCUGCCAGUCUGGUAGCUCUCGGCGGACCCGGCAUUGGAGGACGUGCCAGCGCUGGCCGGCCAGACCACCAACGCAGAGAUGGCGGCGGCGGCGGCGGCGGCGGUGGUGGAGGGGCAGACAAGAUCAACGACGCGGUAUAUGUACCGUCUGAUGCUGUUGGCAUGAUCAUUGGUAAGGGAGGCGAGACGAUUCGCGAGAUGCAAAGCACUACCGGCUGCAAAAUCAAUGUCGCCCAGUCUUCAGGCCCGGGGGAGGUCGAGCGUGAGAUCGCUUUGAUUGGUUCGAGGGACGCCAUCGCGCAGGCUAAGAUCGCCAUUGAGGAGAAGGUGGAGGCAGUGAGACAGAAGAGUGGCGGAGGUGGUGGAGGUGGUCGUAGCCGUGGUCACCACGACCAGGACCGUGGAGGUUAUGGGCAACGUGACGCUCACCACCAAUCUGCUAACCAGCCCGCGCAACCGCCCGCGCAACCGCCCGCAGCAGCCGAUGGCAGCGACCCCUACGCACAGUACGGCGGUUACCAAAACUACCUCGCCCUGUGGUAUCAGUCUUUGAUGUAUCAGCAGCAACAAGGCGGGCAGGGAGCCCCAGCCGGGGGAGCACCAGCUCCCCCCUCCUGA